AUACGCGUCGAGGUCAUCAAUCUUGUUAUUGCGUAGAGUAAGCAACUCCAACAUCGAUCAAAACCCUUGUCGUCCGCUUCCCAUUGAGAUCGUUGAACGUAAAAAUGGCGAAUGAGAACGAACCAGCGAAGCUACUGUUGCCUUACCUUCAAAGAGCCGAUGAAUUGCAAAAGCACGAACCUCUCGUCGCCUACUACUGUCGAUUAUAUGCGAUGGAACGGGGUUUAAAGAUCCCUUCUAGUGAACGUACCAAAACCACUAGUUCCCUACUCGUUUCCCUCAUGAAACAACUUGAAAAGGAUAAGAAGUCAUUGCAGUUGGGGCCUGAUGAUCAUCUUCACCUUGAAGGAUUUGCUUCAAAUGUUUUCGCAAAGGCUGAUAAACAAGAUAGAGCUGGGAGAGCUGAUCUAAAUACAGCAAAGACAUUUUAUGCUGCAAGCAUUUUCUUUGAAAUCCUUAACCAGUUUGGUGAAGUCCAACCUGAUCUUGAGCAGAAACAGAAGUAUGCAGCAUGGAAAGCAGCAGAUAUAAGGAAAGCUAUUAAAGAAGGAAGGAAGCCUAUACCUGGCCCCCCUGGUGGUGAAAAAGAUCUCUCGGAUGCAUCAGGCAGUGGAUAUGACUUGGAACCAACCACCAGACAUGCACCAGAAUCUCAUCCUUCAUCCCAAUUAUACGACAGAAGUGAUUCCCAAAAGUUCACAAAUACUUUCGCAUCACCGCCACGUGACCCUCCACCACCGCCACAUUCCACUAUGCCGCCGCCGCCACCUUCAAACACCCAACCACCACCACCACCGCCCUCAAACUUUCCUCCACCAUCUUCAACCAUCCAACCACCAUCAAAUUUCCCUCCACCAUCUUCCACCGCCCCACCGCCGCCGCCCACCUACUCUUCCGACGACUAUCCGUCCAACAAUUUCCAUUCCCAGAACACAGGAGGAGAUAAUUCAAAUCCAACUUAUUCUCAUCAGAACUAUCACCACCUCCCACAAGAACCCCAACAUCAAAAUUACCAACAUGACCCUUCAUACACAUUCCCAAAUUUCCAAUCUUACCCUAGUUUUUCCGAAACUGCCCUUCCAGCAGUAGCCCCAGGUCAUUACCCCUCAUCAUACUAUCAGGGAGGCUCUGAUGCAUCAGCAGCAGCUACAGCUACAGGUGGUCAGUACAAAGUGAGUGGUGGAAAUGGGGGUGUUCCAGUACAUGGAGGUGCAGGGAGCUCUGGUGGACAGGCGGCGGCGUAUGAGUAUGACAGCAGCAGUUAUCAGCCUCCGGCUGAUAAAAUUGCAGAGGCACAUAAGGCGGCAAGGUUUGCUGUUGGAGCAUUGGCAUUUGAUGAUGUUUUUGUUGCUGUAGAUUACCUUAAAAAGUCUCUUGAAUUGCUUACUAAUCCAAAUGCUACUGUUUGAUUCAUUCAUGAUUCAUGAAUCAGAAUCUGUUUGGAAUUUGGAUUUCAACCUUUUGGUUUUAUUCGGUUUGUUUUGCUUUUGUGAAGAGGUUCUACCUGACAAGUUUAUGCUGUAGAAAGUUUAGAUUUGAUUUUUUUUUUUGUUAAAAAAACAUUGUUUCCUGCUCCAUGUGGGUUUAUGAUGUAUGC